AUGGACGCCGCUGACCCUCUGGCCCUAACAAGGCCAACGAAACCGGCUCUGUCAGCCUCCACGAGCCUCCGACGGACUCGUUCGCGAGCACAAACGUCCCCAAAGCGCCUGCCUGGAAAGGAUGGAACGACGAAACGAGUAUCACCUCUGUUGCCGUCGUCUACUGCAAAAGGAGCCGCCUCGCCACAAAAACCUACUUCGACAAAAUGGAUAGCUAAAACACUUACGCGCGGUGCUUCGACCGCCUCGAAGCCGCUGGUUCCCCUUUCAGAACGCCGGUCUCAUGACGAGAAGAAGCAGAGGGAGACUGAGUCCGACAAGUGGGAUAUUGCACCAGAUGGCGGUUCUGCUGGUCGCGAGGGUCGUCAGUUUACGGUAGCUAAUGUGGGGAACAAUGGGAGGAUAUAUUUGAGGCCUAGCGUUCGGCCAGCUCACCAACGGUACCCCCAGCCAAACUUUACUUUUCCCAUCACGCCACCAAGCACCGCCGUGGUUGAUAGUUGGAACCCAGCCAACAAAACAAAGCAAGAAGAAACCAAGAAAGGGGACGAUAGCGAGAGUAACUUUCAAACAACGCAAUGGACCCCAACAACGAGCGCGACACCACUUGCUGGUGAAAGGCACAACUUGAGCAACGCCGGAAUUUCUGGUCGACGGCAACGACAUAGGCGAGCCAUGUCGGACAGCACAGUGCAUGACACCAGUACUGUCAAGGAACAAGAAACUCAUACGUUCAAGGUUUCCAUUUCAAAGUUGGGCGAACGUGAUGAGCAUCGACCACGAACCAUGGAUGACUUGGACAUCAUGACUGGCACUCCGAUGCUCGACGUCAACAUUCCCUCAUGGCGCCUUGGAACACCGCGCUUCAGCGUACGAGGUACUCCCAUGAUCCGCGGGUCGUCCUACGCACCUACCGAAGACGUACGCUCAAGUACCAUGUCGGGAUUUCCCUCAUCCCGAAUUCCCAAUGUUCCUAUACCGCCGCCUAUCUCAACUAGAAAACCUAGUCCACUUGCAGUUCCUGGUCAUCGCACACCCUUUGUUGCUCAACGCGGAGCCCCUGGUUUGCCGUCCCCCCGACUCCCACGACCGAUGCGGUCAACAUACAUGUCAACACACCUGGUCAUUGAACCGGCCAUGUUUACCGAUUUGACCUUCAAACCGGCUUGUGACGACAGGGCCAUUGUUCGAUAUUCCCCUUCAGGGACAGUCACAGCCGCAACUCCACCUCGCCUUGUGGCUGAAAUAACUUCACCCUGCUUCCUAGACUACGAACUCAUUUCCGAUUUCUUUCUUACUUUCAGGGCAUUUCUUGAAGCAAAGGAUCUUUUGCGGAUGCUGAUUGCCCGUUUGCGGUGGGCUUUGGACCGCAAUGACGAGAUUGGAAUGAUUGUCCGUGUUCGAACAUUUGUUGCCCUUCGACACUGGAUAUUGAAUUAUUUCAUGGACGACUUUCUUCUCGAAUACGACCUUCGGAUGACCUUUUGCAAUCUAUUGAACGAUUUUGUGGACGAACUCUCCCAGGACAUGUACUCUCGCAGGGUUCAACUGAAGAUUCUAGCAGAGCUCAAGAAAUGUUGGCGUCGGGUUUGUGCGCAGUAUUGGGAUGGUGAUGAGUUUGAUGAUCUGCUCGGUCCAGAAGUGUCCAUCACCCCUGGUGGUGUUGCUGGUAGUCGAGAUCCAAGUCUUGAUCCUGCCACUUUAGAGGCACAAGGAGGCGAGCAGGCGUUGCAACAGCACCAGCACACGUCUCCUAACCCUAAUCUCGCAUCGUUUCCCGGUGAGGUGCCCAAGUCGUUGCAAGUUGGUGACUUUGUGGUUUUGGAUAAUCGCCCGGGAACGCCCGAAGAUCAAGUUGGAGGGCCAUUUAACUUGGACCAAAGCCCCAACUCGCCACACAGCUUGGCGAGUAUGGAUAUUGUGUCAUGCUCAUUCCCUGGCAAGUCUAUGCGAGCCUUCAACCCGAACCCCAGUCACUCAAUGGCCGCGCAUCCUGUGCCUUCGACUUCGGUGGGCAACACUUUUGGCCCAGUAGCAACCACACCAAGGGCACUCGUGGGAAAGCGCGUUCGUCCAACCCAGACACACAAGCGCAACAAUAGCUUGUCAGAUUCUCUGCGGGAGCAUAGCUCUGAUAAAGCAUCAUCAACCGAUCAAGAAUUUUGCACAACCGCGGCUUCUGGUGGUAGUCUUGUUCGUGGAAAUUUACUCCCUCCCGGCCACGCCUUUGUCGAUGUCGAAUCCAACAGCCGAUACGGCCAUGCUCACCGACAGACAACCAUUUUCCAACCAUAUGGCCGUAACAUGGCAAAGGAAAGAGCGUUAGGUGGUGCAAUGUCUGGAUAUGGCAUGCGUAAACUUUUGCGCAGCGUUCGCAAGGCCUUGAAAAAUAGAGGGCAGGGUUUUCAUUCUAGCCAUGCUAAUUUGACAGACAUUCCGACCGUUGGACCCAGAGGCGCGACGACAAACCGACUCCCUGGAACUGCCAUCGUGCCUCAACAACCUACAAGAUACAACGGGUCGCGGCCACCUGUCAGGAUUGACCUACUCGGGGCAGAGGUUGCUGAGGAUUUCAAGAAGGCUAUUCGAGAGGAAGAGGAGGCGGUGGCCGCGGCUGCUGAUCGUGGACAGAUUGGCAUCGUGUCAAUACACCCGCCAAAUUCUGCACCAUUAUUGAAGACCUACCCCGACUAUUCAGCAGCUCAUAUGGAUUCCACUACACUCGAUGCCUUGACGUCGAAUCAGAGGCAGCGGCCAGUCAGUGACAUGGCAAUAACAGUUGGGAGCAAGUCUAUUGUCAUCGUGGAUGAUACGGUCCCCUUCGAGAUGCCUUCUAUUCAUGGGACAUACACGGGCGAGAAUGCCUCCGUUGAUACUUUCGCCGAUUCCUUCCUCCGACGCGGCGCCGAUCCGACACCUCCAAACACCCCUCCCGAGCAAUCGUUGAGUGGUGGUACACCUCGGAGGUCAUCGUAUCUAAUCAACCAGCAUGUCAUGAGACCACCGCCUCUUGAGGAAGAUGUACUUCCUCCAUUCAUUCCAGACCUAUCUACCUUGGAAGGCAGCCAGAGUGUCAGGGCUUCUGAGGACCAGACUCGCCCAUCGUCGUCAGCUAUCCGCCACAGUGGACGACACCCCCCGUUGAGUGGAGGUGCAUUCCGCAUGCACAGACGGGCUCGAUCGUCUAAAACACACCAGUCUCUCAAUUCUAUAUUACAUCGCCGGGUUACUUCAUAUGGAAGUGCGACGAUUCCACCCACGAUCAGAAGCUUCGAUGCCACUACAACUUCUGGCGAUUUUGACAACGAGCGCCAUUCUGAAGACCCCAUACCCGCACCGCUUCGUGUGCUGAGACGACGACCAGGUGGAGAUUUGAAAGCUGCCACCAAUGUGGGCGACCUGGAUAGAUCCAUACUCAGACGAUCGCAAUCUGUUGGCUCUCUCGCAACCUUUAGCGAGUCUAUUCGCAGCUCAAAUAUGCUAAGUACUCGUCCUAACUCGGCCGGCGAAUAUGACCAACCCCAUGGACAAGGACUACAAGGCCGAGGGGAGAUCUUCUCACUUGGCCAGCUCGCAGAACGCCCUACAAAGCGGGAUCUAUCACUGUUCAGCACACAUUCCUCUAAACCAAUAAUGCGACCGUCGUUUGAAGCUGAAGCCCAAAGACUGGCGCAAAUCCCUGAUGAAGAGGAUGAUGGCAUCGAGUCAGCACUCCUAAAACUGGAAGGGAAAUUCCAGAAGAGACCAAUCAAGCUCUCCAUCAUUGGACAAAGCCCAGACGUCAGCAGAACGGACGUCACGGAAGGCAAGGAACAAGAGGUAGCGGCCAAUGCGGAAGCUCAGGAGUUCAGCCCCUCUGGGGAGGAAAUUGCGGAACAGGAUAUCAAUGGUGUUGAGCCUUCGUCAAUAUAUCAGCUCACCGAUCAAACUGAGCCUCUUCAGAUUGUUCCGGAUGAUCAGCGACCCCGUAACGUACAGCACUCAGUCCGAGCCCUUGGCUCGUUUCUUUCCGAAGGUUCGCGGGAUUCAUACUGCUCCAUACCACUUUUAGAGAGGGAACUCGGCGACGAGAAUAGCAAGUUGUCUCCCCGGGCUUGGACUGACAGAUCUGUUCUACGGGGCUCCGAUGACGAAGAUUCGGUACUUGAAGUGGGCCAGAAUGCACAAGGCGUUGAUCCUGUGGAUGCUACCCAUUCGUCGUUUGAUCUGGUCGAAAAGACGCACAGCAUUGAGAGAAUAAAGCCGGGGCAGACGGUACCGUCCAUAGGAUCCGGGAUGGAAGACGAGUCCUUUUUGCGAGAUGACAGCACAGACGACACCGAUCUGUCUUCUGAGAUUUCCGACGACGAGAUGAUGGGCAAUUCAGCAGGCGAGGGACAAGAUAAUCAUCCCUCAGACUACGGUCUUUCAGCUCAUCCUCUGGCAGACGAGCCUACCACGAGACCUGGGACAGCUUCAGCGCAAAUCACAUUGGCACAGGCUUUAGCAAUGGCCCCAGAGGGCUUUGUUGCUUCAGCCCAUUCCAGCAAUCAUAAGAAGCCGUUACCCCCAACUCCUGAGCUGACACCAAUCGUCGGUUGCACAGAGAGCUUGCGAUCAAUCGACGAGAUGUCUCAAAGUCACAGCGCCGCCAAAAUUGCAACUGUAACAAACACGAAAUUUUCCGUCCAUUUGCCCUUCAUUCUGGCCUUUGACUCCGACACCUUGGCACAGCAGUUUACUUUGAUAGAGAAAGACGCUCUAAAUGAAAUUGACUGGAAAGAACUGAUUGAAAUGAACUGGAAGAAUUCUGCUAGCAGCAAUUCUCGGUCAUGGGUUGAUUUCCUGCAAAACACAGAUGCCCAAGGUGUGGAGGUUGUUAUUGCUCGGUUCAACAUCAUGGUGAAAUGGGCCAUCUCAGAAAUUGUUCUCACGCAGCACGUCGAGGAGAGAGCUCGAUGCAUUAUCAAGCUGAUUCACAUUGCGGCCCAUUGCCGACGAUAUCGCAAUUUUGCCACUCUUGCUCAGCUCACGAUUGCAUUGUCGAGCAACGAAGUGGCUCGUUUGUACAAGACAUGGGAUCUUGUGCCAGGAGGUGAUUUGAAAAUUUUAAGUGACCUUGAGCUCCUGGUUACGCCUAGCAGGAAUUUCCACAACAUUCGAGAAGAGAUGGAACUAGGCACAGAUUCUGGGUGUAUCCCCUUUGUGGGCAUUUACACACACGACUUGCUUUACAACGCGCAGAAACCAUCCGAAAUUGCAAGCUCUCCAACAACCGCACCUCUGGUCAACUUUGAACGGUGUCGCAUUGGAGCAGCCGUUGUGAAAACGCUUCUACGCCUCUUGGAAGCAAGUACACGGUACUCUUUUCAACCCAUUGAGGGCGUGACGGAGCGCUGCCUUUGGAUUGGCGCACUUAACGAUGACGAUAUUCGAAAGCAUUCCCAAAGCCUCGAGUAA